CGGUGUCAAUCAUUUUCUUCUUCGUCAGCCUCCCUUCCACCGCCAUAUUGGGCAACUAAAAAAAGGGGGCUCGUCUUUUCAGGGUGUUUUUCUCCCCCUCCCCUCUCCCCAUUGCCUCGCCGCUCCGCGACUCCGACGCCGGCAAGGUUUGGAGAGCCGCUCGGUUGGCGGGACCCGCGGGCUCGCUGCAGCCCGGACUUGGACUGGCUUUGCCACCCCCCUCCUCUCUCCUCUCCCCUCCCCUCCCCGCCCUCCCGCUCGCCGGUACACUUGAUCGGCGGCGGCUCUCGGCUGCCUGGCCGGGGCUUCCCCUCACCCCUCCCCCAGAGCCAGCGCGCCCCUGACGCUUGGGCAGUUACUUGUCCGGGUUUGUUUCUCUUGGCUCCGAGCGCGGUCGCAGGGCUUAUAAGAGGGGUUCGGGCUGGGUCGGGGCGUUUUGUUUUGUUCAGUUUUGUUUUCCGAGCGCGCGCGCGCGAGGCGGCCGUGAAGACCGGGGAGGAAGAUGUCAAACGUGCGAGUGUCUAACGGGAGCCCGAGCCUAGAGCGGAUGGACGCCAGACAGGCGGAGUACCCCAAGCCCUCCGCCUGCAGAAACCUCUUCGGCCCGGUCAACCACGAAGAGUUGACCCGGGACUUGGAGAAGCACAGCAGAGACAUGGAAGAGGCAAGCCAGCGCAAGUGGAAUUUUGAUUUCCAGAAUCACAAGCCCCUGGAGGGCAAAUACGAGUGGCAGGAGGUGGAGAAGGGCAGCUUGCCCGAGUUCUACUACAGACCCCCGCGGCCACCCAAAGGCGCCUGCAAGGUGCCGGCGCAGGAGAGCCAGGACGUCAGCGGGAACCGCCAGGCGGUGCCUUUAAUUGGGUCUCAGGCAAACUCAGAGGAUACACAUUUGGUAGACCAAAAGACUGAUACGCCCGACAACCAGACCGGGUUAGCGGAGCCGUGCACUGGGAUAAGGAAGCGACCUGCCACAGACGAUUCCUCUCCUCAAAACAAAAGAGCCAACAGAACAGAAGAAAAUGUCUCAGACGGUUCCCCGAACGCGGGUUCAGUGGAGCAGACGCCCAAGAAGCCGGGCCUCAGAAGACGUCAAACGUAAACUGCUCGAAUUAAGAGCAUGUUUCCUUGUUUAUCAGAUACAUCACUGCUUGAUGAAGCAAGGAAGAUACAAAUUAAAAUUUUUAAAUACAUAUCGCUGACUCCAUGGAAUGGACAUCCUGUAUAAGCACUGAAAAGCAGCAACACAAUAACACUAAAAUUUUAGGCACUCUUAAAUGAUCUGCCUCUAAAAGCAUUGGAUGUAGCAUUGUGCAAUUAGGUUUUUCCUUAUUUGCUUCAUUGUACUACCUGUGUAUAUAGUUUUUACCUUUUAUGUAGCAUAUAAACUUCCAGGGGGAA